AUGAUGAUACACCCGAGCACAGCAGAAGAGGAAGCAGCAACAGAACAAAAACAAAAAACAGAAAGCUGCUGCAGCAGCAGCAACAGCAGCAGCAACAGCAGCAGCAAAUAUACAACAGCUGAUACAGAUAAUUCCCUUGCUGCAGCAGCAACUGCUGCAGCAGCAGCAACUGUUGCAGCAGCAGCACCUGUAGCAGCAGCAGCAGCAGCAGUUGCAACAGCAGCAGCAGCAGCAACGGAGUCAUCUGCUGCAGCAACAGCUCAGGCAGCAACAUCUGUGGCAGCAGCAGCUGCUGCAGCAGCAACUCCAGCAGCAGCACCUGCUGCAGCAGCAACUGUAGCAGCAGCAGCAGCAGCAACAACUGUAGCAGCAGCAGCUGCUGCAGCAGCACCUGCAGCCCAAAUGCACGUCGAAGCAAUAGCAGAAGAGGCAGCUGAAGCUGCUACAGGAGAAGCAACAGCAGCAGCGGCAGCAGCAGCAGAAGCAGCAGCAGCAGCAGAAGAAGAAGCAGCAGCAGCAGCAGCAGAAGCAACAGCAGCAACAGAAGCAGAAACGGAAGCAGCAGCAGCUAUACAAGCAGCAAAGAUAACGGAAGCAGCAGCAGCAACGGACGCAGCAACAGCAACAAAACUGCAAGCAGCAACAGAAACAGCAGCAGCAGCAGAAGCAGCAGCAGAAGCAGCAGCAGAAGCAGCAGCAGAAGCAGCAGCAGCAACAGCAGCAGCAGCAGCAGCAGCAGCAAAUGCCUUCGAUACAUCCGCAGCAACAGACAGGCAGCUAAGAGAGCCCGUAGAUCAAUACAAGACAAUAGCGCGGGAGCAGCAGCAGCAGCAACUGCAGCAGCAGCAGCAGCUGCUGCAACAGCAGCAGCUGCAGCAGCAGCUGCAGCAACACCUGCGGCAGCAACUGCAGCAGCAAUUGCAGCUGCAGUUGCAGCAGCAGCAGCAGCAACUGCAGCAGCAACAGCAGCAACUGCAGCAGAAACAGCAGCACCAACAGCAUCAGCAACACCUACAGGAGCAAGAGCUGCAGCAGCAAAGCAGCAGCAGCAGCAGCAACAACUCAGCUGAAGCUGCUACAGGAGAAGCAACAGCAGCAGCAGCAGCAGCAGCAGAAGCAGCAGCAGCAGCAGCUGAAGAAGCAGCAGCAGCAGCAGCAGAAGCAACGGCAGCAACAGAAGCAGAAACAGAAGCAGCAGCAGCUAUAGAAGCAGCAAAGACGACAGAAGCAGCAGCAGCAACGGACGCAGCAACAGCAACAAAACUGCAGGCAGCAGCAGAAGCAGCAGCAGCAGCAGAAGCAGCAGCAGAAGCAGCAGCAGCAAGCAGCAGCAGCAGCAGCAGCAGCAGCAUCUGUGGUGGCCGUCGCCGUCUGUAUCUCAUUCUCUUUCUCUGUCUCCCCCUCCCCUGUUCCAGCCUGCAGCAGCAACAGCAGCAGCAGCAGCAACAACAGCAGCAGCAACAGCAGCAACAGCAGCAGCAACAGCACCCGCCUCACCACCAUCCUCAUCAUCAUCAUUACCAUCGACUGCAGCAACUGCAGCAGCAAUUGCAGCUGCAGUUGCAGCAGCAGCAGCAGCAACUGCAGCAGCAACAGCAGCAGCUGCAGCAGAAACAGCAGCACCAACAGCAUCAGCAACAGCUACAGGAGCAAGAGCUGCAGCAGCAACAAAUACAGCAACAGCAGCAGCAGCAGCAGCAACAACAGCAGCAACAGCAGCAGCAACAGCAGCAGCAGCAGCACCCCCCCAACUAG